UCAUGCUGCUGCCAAGUCCAGAGUCUCUCAUGGGUCCCUGUACGGCCUCCCAUUGCUGCUGUCUCCAUCGCCACACUCUGCUGCCAUGUGCCACUUUCAGGUCUCUCUCACACUGCUGGUGUGUAGAAUUUUUUGACAUAGGGUGCUGGCAGAUUACGGGCCUCACAUAGCUGCUGCCAGGCCCCUAAUCUGCCAUGGGCCCCUAUAUACCGCCUCCUCAUGCUGCUGCCAAGUCCAGAGUCUCUCAUGGGUCCCUGUACGGCCUCCCAUUGCUGCUGUCUCCAUCGCCACACUCUGCUGCCAUGUGCCACUUUCAGGUCUCUUCACACUGCUGGUGUGUUAAAUUUUUUGAC